CACGAAGUCCAAUUGUCAUCUACAAACUACGCACAAGUCAUAUUUCCCAGUCACUAUCGCGUAAUUUGAGAUGUCACAGAAUACGCCACCCACAGUACAGGAGCUGCGCCUGGGCACCCGCAAUUCCAAACUGGCAUUAGUACAAGCAGAGCAUGUCUCCAAGGAAUUGACCCGUGCUCACCCCGGUGUCCAGUUUCCCUGGCAAACCGUGGUGGUGCGCGGUGAUGUUGACAAGAGCAGUCCUUUCUUGAAGUUUGCAGGGCCAUCUGAUGCAGCAAAGAACAUUUGGACCGAAGAGAUGGAAACCAAGCUGUGCGCAGGAGAGCUGGACCUCCUCGUGCAUUGCCUGAAAGAUAUGCCGACGCGCCUACCAGAGAACUGCACACUGGGGGCUAUUGUUUAUCGGGAAGAUCCCACCGAUGCGUUGGUGAUGAAGGAGGGGCUGCGGUCGCAGUAUACGGAUCUGAGUCAAUUGCCCCCCGGCUCCGUGGUGGGCACUAGUUCCACUAGACGGAAAGCCCUACUUCGAUACAGAUACCCACACCUGAAAGUGGAGGAAUGCCGUGGCAAUCUCGGAACGCGACUGAGAAAGCUAGAUGACCCAGAAGGUUCAUUUUCGGCAAUCAUCCUGGCCACGGCCGGUAUGGUCCGCAUUAAUCUAGAAGACCGCAUCACUAAGCGCUUUCCUCCAUCGGAAUUCCCGUAUGCUGUCGGUCAGGGCGCCUUGGGCAUUGAAAUCCGCAAGCAGGAUACCCAGACAGAGACCAUGGUUCGCAAAAUUGAAGAUCUACUUACCCGACAGAUCUGUCUGGCAGAGCGCUCACUACUGCGCACUCUUCAAGGUGGCUGUUCGUCUCCGGUUGCAGUACAAUGCACUGUUGAGCAGCCACCGACAGCUUCCUCGGCAGCUCGAUUGCGACUAGAUGGUACUAUUAUUCAUCCCCAUGGGACAACAUUGAUAUCCGAACGGACGACAGCGGAAGUGGGAACGGAUGAGGAUGCUGAGGCGCUGGGUGCUACAGUGGCUCAGCUUUUGUUAGCAAAUGGCGGGCAAGCUUUGUUGGAAGAAAUUCGGUUGCUACAAGAGACGAUUACGACCGACGCGAAAUAGUGGAGGACCUGAAAAUGUACCACUAAAUAAUAGAAUCAAU